AUGGAUAAGAUACAAUUUCAGGCCCUAAGGAUAGCACUGGGAAUGAUGAGGUCAACCCCUACUAUCAUCCUUUUAUCUGAAAGUGGAGAAUUGCCGUUAGAUCUGAGAAGUCAGGCCCUGGGAACUAAGCAGGCUUUGAAAGUUUUAUCGUAUGAAAAUCCGAUUGGAAACAUGCUCAUACAACUGUAUGCAAGAUAUAAUGAAGCUCCAGACAGUUGGAAGACAGCCCCUCCUCUUGUAGAAGCACUAGAUUAUGCUGCUCAAAUAUUGGAACAAGAAAAAUGGCCAAAUAGUGUAUUUAUUUAUACAGAUGGCUCAAAAGAUCAAGACGGGAAGGUUGGAGUGGGGGUAUUCUCAGAAGUCAGCGAACUAAGACACUCAGGUCGAAUGCCAGAUUUUCAUUCUAUCUGUUCUGCAGAAGUUUAUGCUAUAUACAUUACCCUACUUAAAAUAGAACAAUAUGACAUCGCCAAGGCAGUUAUAUUCUCUGAUUCAUCAAGUGCCCUAAAGAAGGUAAGCAAAACUGGAAUAGACGCUGAAACGGACGAAUUAACACUGGUCACAAGAAGGAAAUUAAUAAACAAAAGGGACGUACAAUUAGCAUGGAUACCAAGUCAUACCAACAUUUAUGGAAAUGAGGAAGCAGACAAGUUGGCCAACGCUGGGCGGCUCUUACCUCCCACACUAACACCCAAAGCAGAUUAUAAAACCUUUAUACCAAAAAUGAAAGAAUUCAUAUAUAAUAAAUGGAAAGAAAGGUUUGUAGCGAUUGGUAGAACGAAAGGGAAAGAAUAUUGCACUACAGUUCAGCAGCCAUACAGGACACCAUGGUUCAAACAAUAUAAAUCCUUGACAAAGCAACAAGUAACCACCAUGUGUCGACUCAGAUCAAAUCAUUGCUUAUCCCCGUCACAUCUCUAUAAAAUCAGAAUUAAUAGAGAUAAUUUGUGUCAGUGUGGAGAGGUUGCUGAUGUCUUUCAUUUGAUAAUUGCUUGUCCACAUAAUUAUAAUCACCAAAAAAUCUUAUAUUCCUAUUUCGACAAGGAGAUAGAGCAAAACCCGAUUUCCCUGCAUGACAUCCUUUUUAAAUUCAACAAGACAGAACACAUAAAACAAAUCGCUUUGUUUUUGAAUGUUAGUAAUUUAAAACUCUAA